UUAUUACACGGAGAAAACGAGUGCGACUGACGAGCGAUUUGUCGGAUUCGCAUCCCGACACCUUUCCUAUAUUUUCGGACGACGUUUCCAGCAUCGAUCAUCGAUGAUUUGUCCAAUGGAUUACUAAUUCAACGGAGGAACACCGCGACCUGUCUUCUACAUCAGCUCAAGACCUGAAAGUGAGUUCAGUCAAGAGGAUCACCGUCACCGUGGACGGAGAUGAAGACGCUGGAGGAGCCCCCAUACCUGACCGUUGGCACUGAUGUCAGUGCCAAAUACAGAGGGGCGUUCUGUGAGGCCAAGAUCAAGACCGCCAAGAGACUCGUCAAAGCAAAGGUCACCUUCAGACCGGAUGCUUCGACUGCUGAGGUGCAUGAUGAACACAUCAGAGGAUUGCUGAAGGUGGGCGCUGUGGUUGAAGCCAGGAAUCAGGACGGGAUCUACCAGGAGGCCACAAUCAACAAACUCACCGACGCUAGCUUGUACACUGUCGUGUUUGAUGACGGUGAUGAGAAAACUCUGCGCCGCUCGUCUCUCUGUCUGAAAGGUGCAAGACACUUUGCUGAGAGUGAGACACUGGACAGGCUUCCUCUGACCAACCCGGAACACUUCGGCACUCCUGUCAUCGGCAAGAAAGGAAACCGCGGCGGACGGCGCUCCAAUCCCAUUCAAGAAGAGGAGUCGUCUUCGUCGUCUAGUGAGGAAGAGGAAGGCGAUCAGCAACAGAAUGAAGAGCUUUAUGGGAAAGUGGUGUGUGUGGAUGGAGUCCUCACUAAUGACAAGAAGAAAAGCACAUGGUAUCCUGCGCUGGUCAUCUCUCCAGACUGUCAUGAAGAUGUGUCUCUGAAGAAAGACAACGUUUUCGUUCGCUCCUUCAAAGACGGAAAAUUUUAUACAGUUUUACGGAAAGAUAUUCGAGAGCUGGAUGAAGAUAAAGCUCCCAAAGCAGAUGCAGGACUCAAACCAGCGUUAGACGCAGCAUGGGAGUUUCAGCGUAACGGCACGGUGCCGAGCACAUGGAGGACGGAGGUCAAGGAUGAAAGCUCCAGCAGUGAAGAUGAGGAGGAGGAAGAGGAGGAGGAACAAGAGGAGGAGGCCAGCAGUGAAGAGGAAGAGGAGGAAGUGGAGCCAUUCCCAGAAGAGAAAGACAACUUCCUACAGCAGCUUUACAAAUUUAUGGAGGAUAGAGGAACCCCCAUCAACAAGCGGCCGGUGCUGGGCUACAAGAAUCUGAACCUGUUCAAGCUCUACAGGCUGGUGCAUAAGCUGGGAGGAUUCGACAAUAUCGAGAGCGGAUCUGUCUGGAAGCAGGUGUAUCAGGAUCUGGGCAUCCCCGUGCUCAACUCCGCCGCCGGCUACAACGUCAAGUGUGCCUACAGAAAGUACCUGUAUGGUUUUGAGGAUUACUGCACCUCCACAGGAAUCAGCUUCCGCAUGGACCUGCCGUAUAAAACUGCUGAGAAGACGAGCUGUAAAACUGAGGUGAAAGCUGAGGAAGUGAUCAGCACUGGAAACACCGUCUCUUUAAACACACCAGAAGAACACAAGAGCAUCACAGAUCCAGAGAGAUGCAGCACACAGCAUCUUCUCAAGGAGGAGAAAACGGAGACCGUGACCCCAUGUGAAGAAAAAGUGGAAAUCAGCAGUGAAAAUAAGGAGGAUGAGAAUCACGCUGAGGAGGAGAAUGAGAUGAAUGAAGAGGUCAAGCAAAGCGUGUCCACAGGGGAGACUGACAUCACUGAGGACGUGAAGGAGGAACCGUGUGAAGAACCAGACGACAAAGAUCUGUCAGGGGAUGUCAGCAGUCAGGAGUGGGAGGAAGGGCAGGGUUAUCCUCCUGGGAUGAAGGUGCAGGUGAGGUAUGGGCGAGGCCGCAGUCUGAAGACGUACGAGGCCACUGUCAAAGAGUCAAACCUGGAGGGGGGAGAGGUGCUCUACCUGGUGCACUACUGUGGCUGGAACGUCAGGUAUGACGAGUGGAUCAAAGCCGAUAAGAUUGUUCGACCAGCUAAUAAGAAUGUACCCAAAAUAAAGCACCGCAAAAAAAUAAAGAAUAAAGCGGAGCGAGAAAGAGACCGGAUAGAGAGACUGACCGACAGAGAGGAUCUUCCUUCAUCCAAAAGUCGGAUCAAUCGAUUGUCGAAGGUGAACUCCGGCGGUGAUGUUUUCUCCAAGAUGGAGGAGUGUGUUGAUAAAGGAAACCAGCAGACCAUCGAGAUCACAUCCAUCCUCAACGGCUUGCCAGGCUCUGACAGCUCCACAGAUGACAGCGAGCGAGAGGAAGAUGAAGAUGCUGAUCAUGAUGAAGAUGAUGAUCAUCCAGGAGCACAUAAAGCAGAUCCUCCUCAAUCACAGCACUGGGAGAAAAACAGCAGCCCGUCUGAAGCCCCCAAAACCCCUGCAGAUGCGGAGCAGGAGUCCACCCUGCAGGAAAACACAGAAACACCCAAGAGGAAGGAGCUGGACACGGACGCUUCUGCUGGCAGGAGGAAAAAAGCAGAAAGCACCUCCAAAAGCCCAGCGAAAGGCAAAACCAGAAGCAGCAGAGGAGGAGAAUGGCUGCAGAGUGGCUCGCCGAAGAAGCUGGAGGAUCGAGGAGAAAGCAGUUCUGAAGAUGAACCGAGAGGACAUCCUAAAAAUAAAUCCUCACCUUCAAAGAAAUACAACGGCGUCAAAGACAAGAGUAAAAGCCGUGGAGCAUUUUGGGAAAUUCCUGAGAAGAGAGCUAAAGUAUCGGCAGGGAUUGAGGACCGGUCGCCCGGAUGUCGCACCAAAGGACAGAAGGACGUUUGGUCGAGUAUUCAGGUUCAGUGGCCCAAGAAGACUCUUAAAGAGCUGUUUUCAGACUCAGACACGGAGGCAGCCAACUCUCCUCCACCUGCGGGACCUGAAGCCUGCUCUGAAUCCGUACGGGACGAGGAAGAGGAGGAGGAAGAGGAGGAGAAACUGCAGGAGCAUCCCAGCAGCGGGACCAAUUCAGUGCUUAACACGCCACCCACCACGCCAGAGUCGCCCGCAGCUGCAGCUGAAGGGCCUGCUGAGACUCUGCCGGAGGUCCAGGCUCCAUCUCCGCCCGCAGCGCUGGCCGCCAGUCCUCCACCCGUCUCCUUACCCGAAGAACCCCUGAUGGAGGAGCCGGCGGGGGGCCGCAGUGAGUCUGACAGCAGCACGGUGGAGGUGGAGAGUUUAGGUGGAGAAAUACAGGAGAUGAACGCUGAAGAAGGGGCCGGUUCCCCUUCAAAGGCCUUCGACGGAAACCUGUCGUGCAACAGUAACAGCAACUGCAGCCUGACGCUCAGCAACAGCAGCCAGCAGGAGAGCGAACAGAAAGCCAAAGCCUCAUCCAGUCAGAAACGGCAUAAAGAAUCUCAAGGCGGUGGAGCAACAAAGAAACACAAGCGCAGUCAUAAAAACCUGAGCUUACAGCCCAAGAAGAGCCGUAAAGCAGCUCACAGCAGUGAUAGUGAGGACCAGUGUAUCAGCGAAAGCACUGCCAAAUCUCCACCAGUGAAGAGCAGCGGCGCGGAGCUCAAAUCCAGCAUCACACACAAGUGCACGAGCCGCACGCUUCCGUCAGGACAGCAACGAUACCACAAACACACAGACUCCGAACACAGCCACGGACGCACGCGCUGGAGCUUCCAGAUGUCCGACCUGGAGAAGAUGAGCAGUCUGGAGCGCAUCUCCUUCCUUCAGGAGAAACUGCAGGACAUCAGGAAUCAUUACCUGCUGCUGAAGUCUGAAGUGGCCUCCAUCGACCGCCGCCGCAAACGCAUCAAGAAGAAGGAGAGGGAGACAGGCGCAGCAGCAGCGUCGUCCUCCUCGUCUUCAUCUCCGUCCUCCAGCUCUCUGACUGCGGCGGUCAUGCUAACGCUAGCGGAGCCCACAGUGUCUGCGGCGUCUCAGACCGCGGGCGUUUCGGUGGAGUGCAGGUGACAAGAGGACCAACACGCAGCACCUCACCAGCACACCACCAACACGCAACACACACGACACACACACAAGCACUAUUUUAUAUCCUCGGCAAGCUAAUCGCACUCAAGUGCACUUUUCUGAAGUGGGUCGGGUUUGACAGUAGGACAAAGACUAUUUCUGUGUGUGUGUGUGUGUGUGUGUGAGAGUGUGUGUGUGUGUGUGUGUUUGUUAUGUCCAUGCGGAUGAGCUGAAGUGCAGUGAUUCUCGCUGGAAAACACACUCAGCUCCAGCGUUUCAGAUGAAGGAGACGUUCAGAUGACGUUCAGACAACGCUGCAGUGCCUUAAUGCUCAGGGCACUCGAGGAAUGAUGGGAAACGCUCAGCGCUGAUGAACUGUGUUUAUUUUUACACCUUCAGAAGGUUUAGUCACAUCCAAACUCACAUCAGACAGAGUUAUUAUUAUGAUUUCUCCUCAAAUCAAAUCAGUACUUCACAAUAGCAACCAGAGCCUCUCCAGGUCAUAUUUCACCUUAAAGUGGAAGUGGAGCAGUCAUGUUUACAUUGUUUUGUACAUUGGUUUCCACUUUAAUGAAAAUAUAU